UAACUUUUGCAUCUUGUGUCUUACUUAUUUGCACAGAAAAAAAAAUGGGCAGUAGAAUUUUUAUGAAAAAGGUGCGAUUGCUUAUGAAACUGUUUUUACAAACUUUAAUCUACCCAACUUCGAGUUUUUUUUUAUAUAUUUUUCAGUUCUCUUUUUAAAAAUAAAACAAUAAUUUAAAAGAAAAAACUUCAUACACUCCUUUCCACCCUGUUGAAAGAUAAGAAAAACCGGAUAAUGCAUGCGUUUUUCCACGUGUUAGAAAAAAAAGUUUAAUACGGUUAGAAAAAAAAUUGAGUGCAAUGAAUUAACCCGAUGGCAUCAUAAGACGUAGAAAUCAGGUUUUAAAUUGUUUCGAUUUAAAUUUGGCGCACUCGUUCGUCGGUGCGACAAAACCAAAAUCUUUGUAUCCGGAUUCACGGACAACGCAAAAUACCCAACCAUUCUUUUUAUACGGAAUAGUUAAAAACAAGUUGUGAUAGGUUUACGGAAAAUUUUCUCAGUUCCCCGUCCCCUACUCGCCGUUAUUGUUAAAUCGCUCUGAUCAAUUGAUCAUUAACAUUUUCACAAUAUUAUCAUCCGAAAGUGCGUGACGAGUCGACCGUCGACUGAAUCUGCGCACAACUCAUUCGUCUCAUUGUUAUUGGUGCUCGUUUAGAUUUUUAACGCGCAGCAAAUCAUGUCUUUAUCAAUAAAAAAAUUAAUUCUCGCCACGUCUAAGCUCGGACGAUGUGUUUCCAGGAACUAUGCAGCCAAUGCUACCGUGGAGUACGAAAAAUACGUUGAAACAACGGAAGAUAAUGGGGUGAAAACUAUAAAGCUAUGCCACGCCUCAACUCGAAAUUCCUUGUCUCUCGAGAUGAUGAAAAUUAUAUUAUGGAAUAUAACCAGAGAUGAGGAUAGAGGGUCACUGAGAUCUAUCGUCAUCACGGCUGAUCCUGGCAAGGUUUUUUCUGCUGGGCACAAUUUGAAGGAAUUGACCAGCGAACAAGGUGGACAAUAUCACCGCGACGUCUUUGCAACGGCAACAGAACUGAUGAAAGCGAUCGCCAAUUCCCCGGUUCCGAUAAUUGCUGCAGUCGACGGUUUGGCGGCAGCUGCUGGUUGUCAGUUGGUCAGUGCGUGCGACAUAGCUGUGUGCACAGAGCGAAGUACUUUCUCAACUCCCGGAGCAAAUUUCGGAAUAUUUUGUUCCACGCCAGGAGUGCCUCUGGUUCGAAAUAUUCCAAGAAAAGUCGCCUCGCACAUGCUUUUUACGGGCCUGCCAAUCACAGCGAAAGAAGCUCGUGCUGUUGGUCUCGUUAGCAAGGUCACCGCCAACGAAGACCUCGCCGCUGAAGUCAAAACGAUCACAGACGCCAUAACCUCAAAAAGUCGUGCAGUCGUAAGCCUUGGAAAGAAAUUCUUAUACGAGCAACUCGACCUCGAUUAUUUUUCGGCUUACGAAUUGGGAGCUGAAAUAAUGGUCAAUAAUCUCGAGCUCAAGGAUGCUCAGGAAGGUAUUCGGGGCUUUGUCGAAAAAAGGAAACCCGUUUGGGGACACGACUUCAAAAAAGACAAAUAAAUUUGAUGUCCCUUAUUCCUUUUCUACCUUCUUCGGACUGUGAUAAUUAUUACAGCUAAAUAAUAAGAUGUAAAUUGAAAUAUAUUCCUGCUUUACGAAAA